AUUCCUUUGCUUCAAACGAAGCGGUGCGAGAAGUUGACACUUUGACAGCCGUCAAGACCAAAACAAUAGUGAAGUUCGUGCGUUUCGGUGUUACGAUGGCUCUCCGUGCAGUGAUAUCUUCUAAAGUGCCUAUGGUGAUAAUUUUGGGUGCAACAGGAACUGGAAAGACUAAGUUAAGUGUAGAAUUAGCGCAGAAGUUCGCGACAGAGAUCAUCAGCGCUGAUUCAAUGCAGAUUUACAAAGGCCUCGACGUGGUGACUGCGAAGGCUUCCGCCAAAGAACGAGAGAUGGCACCACAUCACCUCCUGGACAUUCUGGAGCCACAUCAGAUGUUCACAGUCGUCGACUUCAGAAACAGAGCUCUUAAAAUUAUAGAAAACUUAACAGAACAAGGAAAAAUACCAAUCGUGGUUGGUGGAACGAACUACUACAUAGAAUCCAUUGUUUACAAAAUCUUAGUUGAAAAUAUGGACGAUGGUGAAACCUUGCUUUGGGAUAAAUCAAGGCGAAAAAGGAAUAUGGGUAUGGUAGAGGAUGUUAAAGAAAUAGAUAACACACAAGCAAUAGAAGAUAAUAAUGCAAAAAAUCUCAUGGAUAUUGAAAACAAAGAAAGAUUCAUAGACUCUAAAAUCACGGAAAAUAUUGUAGAAACUAAAAGUGAAGAUCUCGCAGGAUAUAAGAGUGCGGAAGAUCUGACCGAAGAAAAAGGCAUGAAAGGCUUAACAGAAACUAAAAGUAUUGAAGAACUGACAAAACAUGAAAAUACAGAAGAUCUUGAAGAAAAUGUUGAAGAACCAUCUACAUCUGCUCCUACCAAAAUAGAUUUAUCCAAAAUGAAAAUAACCAAAGAACAAUUACAAAGAGAUUUGGAAAAUGAAGCAAUAUUUACAAAUGAAGAGAUACAUGCAAAGUUGUCUGUGAUAGAUAGACAGAUGGCGCGGCGGUUACAUCCUAAUAACAGAAGAAAAGUUUUGAGGUCCAUAGAAGUAUGGCUGAAGACUGGACGUCGCCACAGCGAGAUCCUGGCUGAACAGAAACUCAGCGAGGGUCAGCUACGGAAACCAGAUUCCACCAUCAUAUUCUGGUUGAAAUGCGAACAGAGUGUCCACGAUCAGCGACUGAACUCCCGCGUGGACUCCAUGAUAGAAGAAGGCCUGAUACAGGAGCUGCUGGACUUCCACGACAAACACAACAAGCAGAGGAUAAAGGAUGGAAAGCCACCGGACUACACUAAAGGCGUCUUCCAAACUCUCGGCUUUAAAGAAUUCCACGAAUACUUAAUGCUGUCUGAUGAAGAAAGAAAUACCGAUGCAGGGAAAAAAUUGCUCGAACAAAGCAUAGAGAACAUGAAAAUGGGCACCAGAAGGUACGCCCGCCGGCAAAACAAGAUGAUUAGAGGAAGAUUCUUGGAACAUCCUACAAGAGAGGUACCGCCCAUUUACGAACUGGAUACUACAGACGUUUCGAAAUGGGAUGAAGAAGUAAAAAAUAAAGCUAUUCAUAUUAUAGAAAGUUAUCUUAAUGAAAAACCAUGUGAAUUUGUUCCAAUAAAAUCAGUUGUAGAUGAAGCAAAGAAAGGAAUGGAUGGUAAUUCACAUAACUAUUGUGAAGUGUGUAAAAGAAUAUUCAUUGGGGAUAAUGUAUAUGCCAUUCAUUUAGAAUCUUUUAGACAUAAGAAAGUACUGAAGAAAAUGAAACGUUUAGAAGAACAAAGGAACAAGACAGAAGCAAAAACAGAAAUAACUAAUGUUUAAUUAAAUUAAAUUGUUGUGUGUGAUGUGUUGUAUGACUAGUAUUAGUAAUGAAAAAUAAACAACUUUAUUUUAAACAAGUAUUUAUUCCAACAUAACUAAUAUAUACAACUAAGUCCUCUAAUAACUUAAACUUCUUGUUCUACCACUUUUUUGCCCACCUUCUGCGCUC